AUGGUCGCACAACGAUCAACACCCGGUCUCCUUCCCCUCAUCCUCCUCGUCCUUACCCCUGCCGUCCUCGCCGCUCCGGCUCGGAUCAAUCGCCGCGCCAUCCAGCCCAUAUACGAUGGCUCGCAGGUCUCAGGCAAGACAUACGAUUAUGUCAUUGCCGGUGGAGGUCUGACGGGGUCCGUGCUAGCCAGCAGACUUUCGGAGGACGAGGGCAAGUCGGUAUUGGUGGUAGAAGCGGGAUACGACGAGGAGCAGAAUGACAAAGUCACAGAUGCCAGCAAGUACCAGUCAGCCUUCGACACGUUCCUCGACUGGGCGUACCAGACCGUCCCCCAGACGUCCGCCAACGGCCAACCUCAGACCAUGCGCUCUGGGCGCGGUCUCGGGGGUAGUACCAUCAUCAACGGUAUGGCAUGGAGCAAGCCACACGAUUUCCAGCUGGACGCUCUGGAGGAGCUGGGUAAUGAGGGCGUAAACUGGAACAGCUUGCAGCAAUACAUGUUAAGGGCCGAAACAUUCACUCCUCCCUCUUCUCAACAAGCCGCGGCCGGAGUCACCUCGACAGGCAGCUGUCACGCCUACAACGGCCCGGUCGGAAUCCAGUACGACCCCCAGGCGCUCCCGAGCGACGUCGAGCGAGCCACCAACCAGACUUUCAAGAACGCUGGUCUGCCAUACGCUACCGACCUGACCUGUGGAGAUCCCGCCGGUGCCGCUCCCAUCGCCAACACCCGCAGUGGUAACACCAGGAAUGAUGCUUACCGGGCCUACUUGUACACCAAGACUCGCCCCAACCUCACCAUCCUCACCGGAGCCAACGUCGGCCGUAUCACCCUCUCCUCUGGCAACAACCCCCGCGCGACCGGUCUCGAGUUCCGGGACGAGAAGGGCAAUACCUACUCUGUCAACGCCAAUCUCGAGGUGAUCAUGGCGCUCGGAUCGCUCAAGACCCCCCUCAUCCUCCAGCAAUCCGGCGUAGGACCGUCCGACGUCCUCGCCGCCGCCGGUGUCCCUCAGCGGGUUGAGCUCCCCGUCGGUCUCAACCUCAUCGACCAGACCACUACGACCACCAACUUUGCCUUUAGCGGGAACCGGGGCGCCGGCCAGGUCAUUGCCUUCCCUAGGUUCAACGACCUGCUCAAGGACGAUGACGCCAACACCAUGCGUCAGAUGCUGCAGAACGACCUGGCAUCGUACGUCCAGGACGCGGUAUCGUCUGGAUCGGCCAACUCUGCCUCGGCCGCCGGUCUCCAAAAGGUCCUCGAGAUCCAGCGAGACUGGCUGCUCAACCAGAACGCGGCCAUGUCGGAGAACUUUGACUACACCUACGGUACUACCCUCGGCUACGACUCGUGGAACCUCAUUGUCAUGGGUCGCGGUAGCGUCAAAAUUACCGACAAUCAGCCGUACGGGAACAACCAUGCCAUCGACCCUCGGUAUUUCUCCAACCCCUUCGACCGACUCGCCCAGGGCGCUACUGCCCGCUUCACUCGCCGAGCCUCGGAACUCCCGCCCUUGUCUCAGUAUGUCUCGGGCGAGUCUGGACCGAGCAACAGCUUGUCCAGCAGCGCCAGUCUGGAGGACUGGGCGCAAUGGGCGGAGAGCAAUUACCGGAGCAAUUGGCACCCGAUCGGGAGCGCGCCGAUGAUGAGCCAGGAGCUGGGCGGGUGUGUGGACUCGAACAACAAGCUGUACGGCGUAUCAAACCUCCGUGUGGUCGACGCCUCGAUCCUUCCUUUCCAGGUAUCUUCCCACCUGAUGUCGGUUCUUUACGGUCUCGCCGAGCGCGCCAGCGACAUCAUCCGCGCCGCCCACCCUACCGGCUCGUCUAGCUCAUCCGCUACCCCUACCUCAUCGUCAUCCUCCGUCUCCUCUUCUUCCACUCAGCCACCUAGCAGCACCGCCAUCCCUAUCCACCCUCGCUCGGCCCCCUCCAAGUGCCUCGAUGUCGUCGACGGCAACUUUGCCAACGGCGCUCAGGUGCAGAUCUGGGACUGCAACGGCAAGGCACAGCAGCAGUGGACUCUUACUCCCGGCCAAACCUCCAUCAAGCUCGCCGGGACCAACUUCUGCCUCGACGCCGGCUCCGCCUCGCCCUCGGACGGUACCCAGAUGAAGAUCUGGACGUGCUAUGAUCGGACACCGGCGCAGACGUGGCAGGUCGGAUCGGAUGGGACCAUUGCGCUUCAGUCGGUGGCGGAAUGCUUGGACUUGACGAGUGGGAGCUCAGCAAAUGGGAAUAGGAUCCAGGUGUGGAGCUGUGCUGGGUCGGGCAAUGUCAACCAGCAGUGGACGCGGGGAUAG